AUUCAUAUCAUCCUAUCUACAUAUCUCUCCAUCCACCGAUAAAAAGAAGGAACGUCCCGUUUUCAAUUCCCAUCUAUAUUACAUAUGUGGGUACUGUAAUCUAUAUUACAUAUGUGGGUACUGUAUAGAUGUUAUACAGAUCUACAUAUAUAUAUAUAUUCAAAGUCGUCACAUCACCGGCACCGUCCUUUCCAAAGGAAGUAUCGAUGCAAUUGCUAUGGUGGAGAUCCAUUCAAAAAGUAGAUGGGAUGAUUGAAAUUGUUGAUUUUAGGUGUUUUAUCAUCGGGAUUGUUCUUGGUACAUCAGUAAAAUUGGGUUUUAAUUGGUCUUCAAGUGUUACUGUGCAAGUAUGCAAGUCUUGCACAGUAACAUUGGUUGUGUCCUCUGCUGGAAAUGCGUUUAAUUUGAUUGAUCUUGUAGCUUCCAGGACAACAUUGGUUGUGUCCUCGACUUCUGUGUUUUCGACGUGGAGAGAGCAAUUGGAAAAGCACACGAAGCCCGGAAAGUUAAGUGUUUACUUGUAUUAUGGAGAGAGGACUAAGGACCCAAUGGAGCUUGGAAAGUAUGAUUUGGUACUGACCACGUACUCUUUAUUGGCGUCUGACCUGGAAUCGGGAUCACCCGUAUUCCUAGUACCUUGGUGGAGGGUGAUUUUGGAUGAAGCACAUCUGAUUAAGCACUCCACUCCUACACAAGCCUCUGCUGUACUUAAGUUAAAUGCUAGGCGGAGGUGGCUGGUCACAGGAACUCCCCUACAGAACACUACAAUGGACAUGUAUUCUUUCAUGUCAUUUUUGAGUUAUCAGCCAUUUACAGAUAAACACUCCUGGAAAAAGACGCUGCUAAAGCCAGUGGACACAAGUAGCGAGGUCACUCGGUUAGAGGCUGUAAUGGAAGCCAUCUGCUUGAGGAGGACAAAAGAGCAGGGCAUACUCGGAUUGCCUCAAAAAAUUAUGAAAAUAUGUCAUGUCGAUCUUUCUGCUGAGGAAAGAGAGCUAUAUGAUCAGAUGGAAGUGGAGGCUAAGACUGCCGUUCAGGAUUACAUCUCCACAGGCACAGUCAGAAACCACUAUAUAGCCUUGCUUAGCAUAGUUCUACGACUCCGCCAGAUAUGUACUCAUAUGGACCUAUGCCCUAAAGGUCUCGUUGCAUCUCUUCCGUGCAGCAAUAAAGAAGCAUGACCUCUGAGAUAGUUUUAACAUACACAUAUCCUCUUCCUGGAGCCCUGGUGAAAUCGAGCAGUUGAUGGACAAGCAAUAACAUACACAUAUCCUCUUCCUGGAGCCCUGGUGGAAUCCAUCAGUUGAUGGACAAGCAAUGGACAGAGUACUUCGGAUAGGGCAAACGAAAGAGGUGACAUUAAUUGUAAGAAUCAUAGCCCGAAAAAGCAUCGAGGAGCGGAUACUGGAGGUCGGGGAUGGGAAGAAGAGGAUGGCAUCCAAAGCUUUAGACAGGAAGGCUGGGCAUUAUUACUUUAGCUGUGUAAAAAAUUCUGUACUGAAUUCAUUUCCUGUCUUUGCAUAUGCAAUACACGAACUGUUGGAAUAUUGUAUUAUAGAACCAAUAAAAUGGAAAAGAUAUCUGUGAAA